AUGGCUAACCGAGUGACCGGCACUUGCUGUACUGCGUCAGUGGAACGGGCCGGUUUGCCAGGCCUACUCCGAGAUUUGCAGCGGUUAUCUGAAGACCAAGACUCGGCGGACGUUGUCUUCAUACUGGGCACUUCGGAGGAAAAAGUUUAUGCUCAUAGAAUCAUUUUGGUUGCGAGAUGCAAGAGCUUCCAAAACACCAAACGCGGGGAGAUUUGCCGAAUACCCGGUUGUACUGUAACGCCAUCUGUCGGCGCGCAGCCCACACCAAUACGAAUGCCGCAUGUUCAACCAGAAACGUUUCGGCUUUUUAUCCAAUACGUAUAUACUGGAAAGCUUUUGCUGCAAGAUUCAGGUGUGUUCGAGAUGAUGACUUUAGCGGCAGACUUAGGCCUAGAAGACCUUCGUGCUGCCUGUGAAGAUCAUGUAACGUCCACUUUAAGUGUGGAAAGUGCUUGUACGCUUUUGGCUGCUGCAAUGGAAAUCCAAGAUAGACCAGGUGGAAAAAGUGCAUCGUCCUUCAUGGAGCGAUGCAUCGCCUUCAUCGGAGACAACGCGGCUGAUUGCGUUAAGACCAACGCCUUCCUCAAUCUGCCCAAGGAGGCGCUCAUCAAACUUAUAUCAUCUGACUUUUUGUGCCUGGAAGAGGAGGAAGUGUGGCGCUGUGCACUUGCGUGGGCGAAGCAGAGAGCUGGGGUGACGCAGCCCACGGCGCACUGGACGGAGGAGGAGCGCGCUCGUGUGUGCCACCACCUCGCGCCCCUUAUGCAGCACGUACGACUACUGCUCAUUGACAGCACGGUGUUCGCGGAGGAGGUGGAGCCGACGGGCGCCGUGCCCAUGGAGCUGUCGCUGGAGCGCUACCGCCGCGCCGCGCUGCACGCCGCGCCGCGCCCCGACCCCGACAAGCGCACGCAGCCCAGACUGGCCGUCAAUAUGUUCGCGGGUUCCGUGAUUCUUCAGGAUAAGAGUGCUUUCCAAUCAUUAAUUAAUAGCUGGUGUGGCGGUGGCAAGCAGGCGUGGCGGUUGGUGUUCCGCGCAUCGACACACGGCUUCUCCGCGCAGGCGUUCCACUCGCACUGCGACGGUGUUGCGCCCGUGCUGUUGCUCGUGCAACCGUCGCGCGGGCCCGUCGUGGGUGGGUACUGCGAGGCGGGCUGGUCGGCGGGGGGUGCGAGUGGGGCUGCUGGAGGGGGUGCGGGGGGCGCGGGCGGGUACGUGCCGGCGGAGCGCGCGCUCUUGUUCGCGCUGGCGGAGCCCCCCACGCGCUACCCUCUCGUCAAGAAGGCCUUCGCGCUCUGCUACCAUCCAGAGUGCGGUCCGAUCUUCGGCGCGGGUGCAGACUUACUGCUGGCGCACAACUGCAACACCAACAGCGACAGCUACAGCAACCUGCACUCGUACGGCGACGCGCCCGCGCCCGCCUCGCUGCUCCCCGACUACAACUUCACCGUGCGCGACUACGAGAUAUUCACCACCGCCUAG